AUGCUACUAAACACCUCAUUUGGUAUCUACUGUACAGUAGUAUCCUUGGUUAGCAUUCUCCUCAACUUAUUAUUCUUGCUAGUAACAAAAUUGAAGCGAGUAGAAGGCUUCCAAGAAGUACUAGUAUUCAUUAGGAACAUUGCUGUAGGCUAUAUUCUAAUGUCAAUCUGUCUACUUUGUAUCUCUCCACAACAAGUUAUAACUGGCAGUAGUGUGGUACUCAUACCACAUGGGCUGUUGGCUACUAUGGAUUCACCAAUGAUGGUAUGUUGGGAUUAGGGUUAGUGGGCUUAGCAACGAGAGUAGGGGACCUUUUAAGCCUAGCCAAAAGGAUGAGAUGUUUAGCCUGUAAACCAGCCUACUUAAGUGAUGCUCUAAAGCUCAUAUACAUGAUUAUAACCGAACAUUUUUCCAAAUUUCAGCACGCCCUAGCCUCCCUAGGGAUCGGAAUCUACUUGUACACCGUAUUCAGCUUCAUGAUUAUGUUCCUCUACCGUUACAAUGUAACCUGUACCACAUCAAGAAUGUCAUCCGUAUUCUCUCGUCGUAAUAUCACAACAUUCCUGAUAACAGCCGCUAUAUUUUGUCUAAUCCAAGCCGUCCUAGUCUACUAUUCAGCAGUUGACGCGACCUUUUUGAGUGAUAAAACCAAUCGUACAGCUGAUAUCGAUCAGAUAUUGAGUAGUAAAAUCGUGAAGGAAGUUAAGGUUAACCAACCAGAUAUUCAAGUACAACCACCUCAGAAUGAAGAAGGACAUCAGCCACCGGUCGAUAAUAAUGCUGCUCAAAGAAUGGUAAGUUAAGGUCUGGCUGGGUUUAGUCGGCUUUCUUUCAGGCCUGGUAAUUUAAGGUUACGGCGGGCCUAGUAGGUCUUUUACAGGACUAAUACAUUAAUUUUUAAUAAAUUUUUAAAAGUGUUUAUCAAAAUGUAAAAUACGGUUACACACUUUGGUUGGAAUAUAUUAGAUUCCGACAUAAAGAACCCGCCAUACUUUUCCUGUAAUUUCUUGUAAAAAAUGGCGGGUUCUUUAUGUCGGCCCCUAAUAGUAUGGAAAAACUAAAUGUUUGCUAGGGUUCGGACUAAGACAUACUGCAAACAACCAUUUUCAGAUUGGAAUCUUCGGUAUUGACUACACCAGAAACCCUAUGAUCUUCUUAUCAGCCGGUAUAUUCACCUUUACUAAUGUAAUCAGCUCCCUCAUCAUCCUAAUCGCUUCUCUUGUCGUAGCGUGCAAGCUGAGGGGUCGGCAGGUAAAAAUUUUUCAUUUUGAGUAUGACUUCGAUACUAUUAAGUGCCGACAUAAAGAACCCGCCAUUUUUUACAGGAAACCACAGGAAAAGUAUGGCGGGUUCUUUAUGUCGGCACCUAAGAGGACUAAGACAGUGUACUUCAUGUCGUAUUUUACAAUUUCAAUACGUUGUGGUGGUAUAUUAUAAGGUGCCGACAUAAAAAACCCGCCAUUUUUACAAGAAAUUACAGGAAAAGUAUGGCGGGUUCUUUAUGUCGGCAUCUAAUAUAUUCCAACCAAAGUGUGUAACCGUAUUUUACAUUUUGAUAAACACUUUUAAAAAUUUAGGAGUCCAUGUCUGAGCAAUCACAUUCCGAACACCAAAAGCUGACAAACGUUUUGAUAUUGGACGCUUACAUCCCAGUACUAAUGGCUCUAGUACCAGCCGUUAACUUUGUUUACUGUUUGUUCGUACCUGAUUAUGUGUAAGUUUCUAUACCAUUAUAUCAUGUUAUAAAGCCAAGAAAAGCUAAACCACACAAAAUUUUAAAAAAUAUUAGGUGCCGACACAAAGAACCCGCCAUACUUUGCCUGUAAUUUCAUGUAAAAAAUGGCGGGUUCUUUAUGUCGAUACCUAAUAUAUACCAAACUUCCAACCCCUAUCUAUAUACACCAACCCCUAUAUAUAUAGACCAACUCUUAUCUAUAUAUACCAACCCCUAUCUUAUACAUACCAAACCCUACCUUUUCAGUCGAUUCCAAGAGUUCCUCGGAAUCCUCGUCCUAGCCCCAAUCCCAGCCCUAUUCCCAAUAAUGAAUGUGUUUCUGGUCCCCGACCUUCGCACCACCGCCUUCCAAGUUGUCAUGUUGACUUACUGGAAGAAGAAAGAAGCUGCUGCCGCGAAAGAACGAAAAGAUAAUGCUAACGGUCAGGAACAACUUAACGAUGCUCAACUUGGAGUGUUAAAGACCAUGACCGACAAGGCGGGACAGAGAAAAGAGUAA